UUUUUGUGAUAUUAUUUUAUUUUUUGGGUGUUGAACAAGGUGCAAGAGUACAGAUUGCAGCACCCCUUUUUAUUUUUUAGGUCCCUUAUAUUUUUAGACUUGUUUAUGGCCAUGCAUAGCAUCAAAUGCCAUGAUGCAGAAGCAGCUUGCAAUGUGUUUACUUGACACUUGAUCCUCUACUAGUGGUUCCCUAACAAGACUAACCUAUUGGAUAGAAAUACAGUCAUGAACCAAUGUUUACCAAAAAUCUGGCUUUUCCUUCUAAAUUGAUCAUUUGAUCUUAUAAGCUUCUGUAUGAUACUAUAUGCUGAGCAUGCCCAACAUUCAGGGAAUUGGCUUGCACAGCAGAUGCUUCCACCUUGUGAGAUGUUACCUUUCACACAAUUUUGAACUACAAGUUGUGGUUAUGUAAUAGCAAAGUUGUGAAACUAAUGAAUUGCUUUCCAAAAAUAUUACUGAAUUUGUUGCCCAGUUGCUCCGAAUUUUAUUUGAGGCCUUAAAUUAAAUUUUGACUAAGUGGCUUAAUGGUCCUUAGAUUUUCAUUUCUUCUUGUUAUGUGUAGUUGGAGAGCUCUAAAUGUAUACUACUUAAUUUAAAAUUUGUUCCUUUAUUCUACUGGCUUUGCAUUAAUCCAAGGCUAUAAGUGGAAAUGCGCCUGGUUUUAGAUAGAGCUGCCAAGAUAUAGCAUCACCUGCCUACCAACUUAAAAUCUAUUUAAUUUUUCUAUGCUUGUGCUUGUUCUUUUCAUUUAUUGGUUACAUAGAGAUUGGGAUGUCUCAACUUGAUUAUAAAUAAUUGGAUGAGGCUUUUUGUUAACCUUUAGGAUUAGAUGAAGUAUAAUAAUACUCAAUUUCCAUGCAGAGAAAAUGAUGCCACAAGGGAAAAGGGUCCAGUAGCAUGGAUAACAUAAAAUAUGGUUCAUAUCAUCAUUAUACAACUGGAGAUUUAGGCAUUGGUAUACAGCUUCAAAGAGAUGACAUGAUUCUUGAUUUUCAUCUUUAGUGCUUAAAUGAAUUGAAAUACAAAUUUACUGUAUUCAAGAUUAAUUUUUCUUAUAUCAGUAAAGCAGCUUGGGAUUGAGUUGAUGUCAAUUGACAGCUGGAUCCAUGUUUAGGUUUGUUUUGAAUAUGAUGUUCUUGCGCAUGUACAUGGUUUGUGAGGAUGAAAGUAGCAUCUUCCCAUGUAAUACCACUUUUAUUGCCCAUUGUCCACUUCCUUCAGAGAUUGGUACAGGUUGAGUCAUAGCUGAUCAAAGUUCAAACCAAGCUCUUGACAGAAUAUGAAAGAGGUUUUUAUUCAACUGGCCUGAUUCAGUGUCAUUUUGGCUAAGAUGGCAACAUCACCAGCUCAAGAUCCUCCACAACCACUCAAAUACCAGACAUGGGUCUUGAAGGUUUCCAUCCACUGUGAAGGUUGCAAGAAGAAAGUGAAGAAAGUUCUCCAUAGCAUCGAUGGUGUUUAUACAACAGUGAUUGAUUCUCAGCAACAUAAAGUUACAGUCACUGGAAAUGUGGACGCAGAGACCCUAAUCAAGAAGCUGGUGAAAACUGGAAAACACGCUGAGCUUUGGCCAGAGAAGCCUGACAAUAAGGAGAACAGCCCUGGAAAAUCAAAGAAUAAGAAGAAACAACAUGAUGCCAAAGACAGCAAUAAAGGUAACGGUGAGGGUGAUCAGAAGAAUUCAGCAGAUAAGCCUGAAAACUCUGCAAAAGAUGCCAAGAAAGAUGAUGAUGGUGCUGGAGCUAAAACUGCUCCCUCUCCUGAUGAGCUGCAGGGUGAUGAAGGUGGUGAAAGUGAGGAGGUUGAUGAUAAAACCAGUAGCAGCACAGGUGGCAAAAAGAAGAAAAAGAAGAAGGGGCAAAACAAUAAUCCCACCAACCCCAACCCAAACUCUGGCGCUCCGCCAGCUGACACUGAAUACCCUGUUUCCAGUCCAAGCCCAGCACCACCUCCGAACCCUCCACUUCCUACCGUAUACCCUUACCCAGCUCUGUAUUACCCUCCUCCAGUAUAUGGACUUAACUACAAUACGGCAUCAUUUCCUAGCACAAGCUCUUACUACUAUCGCCCUGCAACACCGAUUGAUCCGAUUGAAGAGUUGAAUGAUGAAGACAACAAAGGGUGCUCAAUCAUGUGAGCAUGGCGGGCUACUAGGUAUAUGUAGCCUACGCUAGUAUAAUUAGUGUAUUUUGUACGUAAGAUUUGCAUGCAUGCAUAGAGAAACUGAAGAUUGGAGGAAAAUUAGGUGAAAUAAAAGGGUUUGUUUCUGGGGUUUGGAGGGUGGUUAUUGUAUUUUGUCUCUUCAUGUAGCUUUGCUUACAACUUUGGUUUUGCUUAAGCAGGUCACUUGCCUUGUAAUGUUUAUUUGUUUGUAGGGCCUGAAAAUCUCUUUUUUCUUGGCACCAUGAUGUGUAAAGCAGAUUUUUGUUUAUGAAAAUUUCUCUCACUCUUAUAUAUA